AUGGAGAACAAUUCAGAGGCGACAGAGUUCAUUCUCGUGGGGUUAACCAGUGACCCAAAGCUGCAGAUUCCACUCUUCAUAACUUUUCUGAUCAUCUAUUUCCUCACUCUUGUUUGCAACCUGGGGAUGAUCCUGCUGAUCCUGCUGGACUCCCGUCUCCACACUCCCAUGUACCUCUUCCUCAGCAACCUCUCUCUGGCUGACAUAGGUUACUCCUCAGCUGUCACUCCCAGAGUAAUGACAGGCCUUCUCACAGGAGACAACGUCAUCUCUUUUUAUGACUGUGCCAUUCAGUUAUUCUCUUUUGGAGUUUUCGCCAUUAUUGAAAGCGACCUGUUGGUGGUGAUGGCUUAUGAUCGGUAUGUAGCUGUGUGCAGACCCCUUCAUUAUAACACCCUAGUGACGACAAAAGUUUGUGCUUUCCUGUGCUUAGGCUGCUAUGUCCUUGCUUUGCUGGAUGAAUGUAUCCAUACUUGGAACAUUUUCAGGCUCUCCUUCUGUAAGUCCAAUGUGAUUGAUCACUUUUUCUGUGAUGUUCCUCCUGUAUUAGCUAUCUCGUGCUCUGACAUACACAGUAGUGAAAUCAUUAUGUUUUUUAUAGUAGCUUGCAAUGCUUUCUUUUCCCUCACUGUAAUACUGUCCUCUUAUGUGUUAAUAUUUGCUACAAUCUUGAGGAUGCGCUCAGCAGAAGGACGCAAGAAGGCCUUUUCCACCUGUGCUGCCCACCUGACUGUAGUCACUGGCCUCUAUGGGACAAUCACCUUUGCUUAUCUAAAACCCAGCUCUGGACACUCCAUGGAUUUAGAUAAAUUGGCAUCUUUGUUCUAUUCCAUAGUCCUCCCCAUGCUUAACCCUCUGGUUUACAGUGUGAGAAAUAAAGAGGUCAAGAGUGCCUUUAUAAAGGUUAUUGCGAAGGCAAAGUCUUCUAUAGGAUUCUUACUCUAA